AUUCCCUGUUCAUGCUGGCGAGCAUGAUCCCUGUGUUCUGGACAAGGGGGUGCAUGGGUGAAACAUGGCCGCCGUAGACCCAUCGGAGUCUCCAAAACGACAGAAGGAGGUGGAAACAUCUGGGGAGAAGACCGGGGCGUUGGAGUCCAGAUGCAGCUUAAAUCAGAAAGAUGAAACAACACGUCAUAAAACCGAGGAGGGUCCCGAAGAUGAGCAGAGAGCCAGUGUUUGGAACGAUGGCGGGGGUAUUGCCAGCCAUUCGGAGGUUAGUGUCGAGUCCGGUGCUGGAGCCGAAAAAACGACAAGCAAUUCACCAGAGGACCUAACAUCGGCUGAAAAAAUGGCCGAGGCUCGUGGCGGCGACCAGCGGGCUUUCGACUGGUCCGAAGCUGAAGACGACAAUGAAGAGGCGAAAACACACAAGGAGGAAAAUGAUACGCGUGACAACAAUAAUGUUACAGAGAGUGCUGGAGGGGAGCAGCAGGAUACACAUGUUGAUGAUAACAUUACAGCUGAUGCGGAGGAGAUUCAUAAGGAGGAAAUGUCACGUCCUGAUGAGAAGAGCACAGAGAAGGGACUGGCCGAGGAGCCGGUGGGAGAAGACUGUGGGAUUGAGGACGUGGUCGAAGAUGAUGAAGAGGCAGACCGAGAAGAGGACACUAAUUUGACAGCUAAGCCCAAAAAGUGCCGUUUGGUGUGCAAGGAGUGCGGAAUAAAGUUCACCCGCCGUGAGACAUUCAACCUUCACCGUCACUUUCACGCACAUGAGGAUGAGCUCACGCCUCUCACUUGUAAAGAAUGCGGCCUUACCUUUCAGCACCGCAGCAGCCUCAUUAAACACAGAAAUGAACAUAAAGAGAAGGAGGAACAACUUGUUACUUCAAAAAAGGAGACGCAAACAAAGGAGGAGGGUCGUUUUAAAUGUGCAGAAUGUGAGAGAAUAUUCUCUGCUGUGGAUAAGCUAAGGGACCACAGCUGCUGCAACACAGUGGAAAAGCCUUACCACUGCCCCCUGUGCCGCCAAGAGUUCCAGUUUAAGGUGUCCGUCACUAAGCACAUGAUGAUCCACUCCCAUGAGAGCAUCUUUAAAUGCCAGGAGUGCAGUCAAACUUUCACAAACUGCAUGGCCCUGCGCUACCACCAGCGAUGUCACACGGCCCUGAAACCCUAUGAAUGCCCCGAGUGCGGCUUGGUUUUCAAACACUACUCUGUCAUGGAAGACCACCGUCGCAAGCACACAGGCAAUGCACGCUCUCACCUGUGCAACAUCUGCGGUAAGACCUUCAAGUACAGCAGCCUCCUCCAUCAGCAUCAGUAUCUGCACACAGGCCAAAAGCCCUUCCGCUGCCCUGAAUGUGGUAAAAAAUUUGCCUUUGCCCAGAACAUGAAGGCACACUGCCGCCAGCAUAGACUGCGCAAAACCAACUCCACCACUGAGCAGCCCGGCAAGCAGGCCCCUGCACCUGUACAGGAGGCAGUUACAGGGCCGGGAAAAGAGAACACACACCAUGUUGAGGAGUCGAAACGCACAUUUAACUGCCCCCUUUGUCCCGAGACCUGCUUGGCACCAGCUAACCUGAGAGCCCACAUGCUUGUUCACGAGGCCGAGUAUGAGACGCAGGAGAGGACACCCAGGCCCCCAAAGGAGAAUAACAAGCACUGGGAAAAAGGACACACCUGUCCGCACUGCCCAUGUGUUUAUCGGGAUGAAUCCAGUUUAAAUUUACAUGUGCUAAGUGUCCACAAGUCUGUAGCAGAAUAUUUAAAAAAGGUGGCAACACCACCUAAAAAUCAGUUUACUCCAUUAAACAGUGAUAAUGUACAGGGGAAAUUGAGAAGCGAUGGCAUAAGUAUUAAGUCGUACAAGUGUUCUGAAUGUGGAAAGACCUUCCGCCACCGCUCAGUGUUAGAGCUGCACAUGCGCAUACAUUCUAAGGAUAAGCCUUACCAGUGCAAAGUGUGUGGCAAGGGCUUUAGAUUCGGUAGCUACCUACAGCAACAUCUCAUCAUCCAUACAGGCAAGAAGCCAUACAAAUGCCCUGACUGUGGGAAGGACUUUGCCUUCCUGCAGAACAUGAAAACGCAUCAAAGGCUGCAUCAGGAAAAACCGUUCCGCUGCACCAGCUGCCGCAAAGGCUACAGCGACGAGACCCAACUGCAGCACCAUAUGUUAUCACACAAUGGUGACAAACGUCAUAAGUGUGACCAGUGCGACAAGAGCUUUGGAUUAGCCUAUCUGCUCCGUGAUCACAUGAACACACACACAGGAGAGAGGCCGCAUCGCUGUGAUGAGUGUCACAAAACCUUUUCUUGGUUUAGCAGCCUGUUAGUACACCAGAAGAUCCAUGCUCGCAAACGCCAGGGUUUCAGCCAGUACAAUUCUUUCCCGAUGGGUGCUAGGAUGAGGGGCAGGGGCAGGCGAGGGGGGAGGCUCAUGUGGGGCUUGUCUAAGCCAUUGGGAGGCUCUGGGAUGGUUAGCGCUCAGCCGUCUCCGUAUCCAGUUUCUGUACUGAAAGAUGCCGAUGUGCACAGAAGGGCGGCCCAUCCACAUUCUUCCAUGCUCUCACCUCGCAUGGAUUUACAAGGUAGACUGCAGAAGGAGCCGUGGCUUUCUGAGCUACACCCUCAACCGGUGCAGUGGAAGGUGGACGGUGGAGAGGUAAUGCCUGUCCCAUCGUCACAGCAGCAACAUGCUGCUCCACAGCAGACGUCGUUUGAGAGCCCACCACAGCCUGGCCUACAGCAGCAUCAUCAGAGAAGUCCAGGCUGGGCAGAUAGCCCUUUAAUAACUCAGUCAGUCCCCACUUCCACUCCCAGUUCAGAGUCAUCACACAUGAAAGAGAGCCCAGCUAGUGUUGUCAGCUCCCUCACGGCAGCUAUGCCAAUAAAAUCCAGCCCAUCAAUAGUAAGUGAGAUGGAGCAGCACAGGCAGCCCAAGCUUGUUACUUGGAGUAGUACACCCACAUCCACAGUGCUAGCUUCCACAAGCUCUUUGCGCCAUGAUUUUUCUAUUCCCUCAUCGUACAUAGAUGGGGCAGCUCUGUGGAGUGUCAGACCUGCUUUACAAGCAAAUUCACAGAUCUCUCCAAAUAAGCUUGGCCAAGAGCUUCAGCUGCCACGAUGGGCCGGUGCCCUAGUGUCAAUACAAAAGGAGCCAUCCACAGCUCCUAAAAAAGAGGACACUAGAAUGUGGGACUUGAGUAAUCCUCAAGUUAUACCGUCAACUGUUAGCCAGCCAGAGAAGCCAUGGAAUGGCUGUGAGCUGCAACAGCAGUGGGUUUCAGGCUUAGCAGGUGCGUCCACCUCAACACAAAUAGACCAAAGCAGUGCUAUGCCAAUUUCAACUCCUGUUUCUCAUGGGGUAGGUAGCACCUUGUGGGAUAUGCAAACACCAUUAGGAAUUCCAAAGACAUUAAACCCUGAGAAAUUAGUAAAUACUCAAGAUUUUCAGCUGCAGCAAAAGCAGGUGUCAUCUGCCUGGGCCAAUGUACAGAGCCAGACGACGACACAGAAGGUUCCCAUCUCCAUUCAAUACGAGCCUCAUCGUUUUGGCCAGGCGUUGGGGACACCAGUAUGGGGCUUCCAAAGUAAUCAAACGCUGCUCACUGGGCAACUCAAACCAGGUAAUGGACAGGAGCUGCAGCAACAGCCAAUGGUAUCAGGCACUCAAAUAAUCAUAAACCGGCCUUCUCCUUUUUUCUCACCUCCACUUGCUCCACUCCCUCCUCUUGCUUUGCCUGGCCCACACCCUCUUCACUCUGUUGCAGUUGGCACACUUUCAAGACAUCCACACCCAAAUAUUUUUUUCACACCACAGGCAGUAAUAAGCGAGAGGCCACACAUACCACAGACCAUGCCCCUACCUCAGCUUGCCCCACGGACAGAACCUCACAAACUUGGACCUCGUUUGCCUUUCGCCCCGGAACGGCUCCUCCAGUGCAUGAUAUGCGGGUGUUCACUUCCCCGGGAGCUUGAUCUACAAAUGCAUUACUUGCAACAUGCACAAGGAGAGAUUUGAAAUUUCUACACUAGCAACAAUAUUUCGUCAUGUUUUUUAUAAUUUAUACUCAGUGGAACCUCAUUUAUUUGAUCCUCACUUGUGCAGUUUGACCAGUUGAGUGGAUGGGCAUUAAAAGAUAAAAGUAAAUCUUAAUUUAUUCUGCACACUAUUAUUAGAGUGCACUGUAAUAGAGGUUGUGUUAGCCAUUAAAUUAGUUUCACCAUUAAAAAAAAAAAAAUGCAUUCACGUUAUCUAAAUACUUUACCGGUUUAAGCACUUUCUAAAGGGGGGCAGAUUAAUGAGGUUCUAUGACUUUUAGCUAUAGAUAAUAUUAGUACUUUUAUAGUUCUGAUCAUAUGUCCUGAACCAUUUGAACUGUGUUUCUUCAUGUACAGUAUACUGUGUGCCUUUUAUGAGUACAGUCUGCAUGUCUGCUGUCUUGGUAUUUUAGGCCUAGUUGUGCUUAAGGUAGACUCAACCACGUGACCUCACUCCCAAAACAAAGAGCAACUCUUUCUAAGAUACUGUAAAGAAAUGAAAGUUUUUGCUUUUGAGGAGAAGAGGAUGUGUAAGAACAUACAACGGACAGCUUACUACAUAAAGGAUGACCCUGUUAAGAAACACUCAAAUUUACAGGGUUAUUGACUUGGUCCAAAUAUUUCACAAGUACAGUUCUCAUCAUAGUAAUUUGGUCAAAGUGAAAGUAUCUGUAAACAAAAUGUGACGGUUAGGCUUCCAUGUAAAGUUCAUUUCACUGAGUUUUCUGUAGAUUUAACUAUUGAGUGGUCACUGGGAACAGGAAGAAAGUAGCAUCAUUACACAAUUGUCAAAGAGUAAGUUUUGUUAUAAGUUAAACUUGGAUUUAUGUGAAGUUAUGUCAAUAUGUAUUACAAUGGCAAUACAAACAUGAAACUGUUAUAAAAUAUUUUGGUCUAGUCAAAUUCAGCUAAUUUCUGGGAAUAUGUCAUGACUGAUAUACUUUAUAAUUAGAUUAUUAACUGAUUCGGGGUGGGUGUACUUAGCACUUACUGGAAACUGAUGAGUACCAUGUAAUGUGUAUCUCAUACCAGAAUGAUUAUUUCAGAUUGGAAUGUACCCAUAUUUGUAAAAUUAAGUCCACAUUUAAGUACAAUGCAAUGUUUUUUUUGUGAAUACUGAAUGAUUUCAUUCCAUAACUGUAGAUGUAGACAAGUACAUAAUCCCAUCUCCUCUGUUAUGAUAAUGGGCUUUUAAAGAGGUUUGGUGGCCCAAUAAGUGACUGAAAAUCUUCAUUACUACUGUAAAAUAAACACACAGCCCAUUUGUACAAAAAAAACCCCAUCCCUGUGCGUCCAUUUCAAAAAAAACAUAUGCCCUUCUACCUCUAUCCACUGUUUUAGCAUGGAAAGAAAUAGAAUUUCCCCAUAAUGUCUACAUAUUGGAUUAAAUAAAACUUGCCUUUGAUUGCA